UGCAGAUGAAGGAUAGAUUUGACUUAACCUCUGCACGACAAGGCCUUUUGGACUUAAAUCUUUCGGCGCUCGGCUAUUCUCCCCUAGCUCCUCUCCCUUUUUUUUUUUCCCUCAGCAGUCUCCCUGGCUUGGGGGCGCUCGGUAUUUGGCCCAGUCGCCUGUCGCGAAAGAGUGGGACCGGAAGUUACUCGGAGGGGGGGAUGGUCGUAAUGGGGGGGGCCCUGUGGGGGGCCCGGUCCCUCCUCAGGUGAAGCCCCUGAUGGAGAUGGAGCCGCCACCGCUGAGCACCCGGAUCCCGGCUUCGGCCCGGCUGCCGCCGCCGCCUCAGUGACCCCAUCCACCCGCGCUGGGCCACCUGGGCCAGAGUGGGGGACUCCCCACCCCUCCUUUCCCACCACACACGGUCCUUCUCCCUCAACCCCCAACAGCCUGCGCGCGCGCGGAGACGCCUCAGGAUCUUCUUACGAUGGAUAUAGAAGACUGCAAUGGCCGUUCCUUUAUGUCUGGAAUCCACGCUUCCUGGAAGGUGAGUGGCUGGGCUCACCCCUGCCUGCCACCGAGACGCAGACAUGCACACACCACCCGCACUCCCUUGCCGUUUCCAAGGCGGCGGCCGCGUUCGCACCCCAGGGUCUCACCGGCAAGGGAAGGAUAAUCUGGAGAGGGAGCUCUCAGGAGGGUGUGCUCCGGAUUUCUUGCCUCAGGCCCAGGACUCCAACCAUUUUAUAAUGGAAUCUUUAUUUUGUGAAAGUAGCGGGGACUCAUCUCUGGAGAAGGAGUUCCUUGGGGCCCCAGUGGGGCCCUCAGUGAGCACCCCAAACAGCCAGCACUCUUCACCCAGCCGCUCGCUCAGUGCCAACUCCAUCAAGGUGGAGAUGUACAGCGAUGAGGAGUCGAGCAGACUGCUGGGGCCGGAUGAACGGCUCCUGGAUAAAGAUGACAGUGUGAUUGUGGAGGACUCAUUGUCAGAGCCCUUGGGCUACUGCGAUGGAAGUGGGCCAGAACCUCACUCCCCUGGCGGCAUCCGGCUACCCAACGGCAAGCUCAAGUGCGACGUCUGCGGCAUGGUCUGCAUUGGACCCAAUGUGCUCAUGGUACACAAGCGCAGCCACACUGGAGAGAGGCCCUUCCACUGCAAUCAGUGCGGUGCCUCCUUCACACAGAAGGGGAAUCUGCUGCGCCACAUCAAGCUGCACUCGGGGGAGAAGCCCUUCAAAUGCCCCUUCUGUAACUAUGCCUGCCGCCGGCGUGACGCACUCACUGGCCACCUCCGCACACACUCAGUCUCGUCUCCCACCGUGGGCAAACCCUACAAGUGCAACUACUGUGGCCGGAGCUACAAACAGCAAAGUACCCUGGAGGAGCACAAGGAGAGGUGCCACAACUACCUACAGAGUCUCAGCACUGAUGCUCAAGCUUUGGCUGGCCAGCCAGGUGAUGAAAUCCGUGACCUGGAGAUGGUGCCUGACUCAAUGCUGCACCCAUCGACUGAGCGGCCAACUUUCAUCGAUCGUUUGGCCAACAGCCUCACCAAACGCAAGCGCUCCACCCCACAGAAGUUUGUAGGCGAGAAGCAGAUGCGCUUCAGCCUCUCAGACCUUCCCUAUGAUGUGAACCCCAGCAGUGGCUAUGAAAAGGACGUGGAGUUGGUGGCACACCAUGGAUUGGAGCCUGGCUUUGCAGGGUCUCUAGCCUUUGUGGGUACAGAGCAUCUGCGACCCCUCCGCCUUCCACCCACCAACUGCAUCUCAGAACUCACACCUGUCAUCAGCUCUGUAUACACCCAAAUGCAGCCCAUCCCCAGCCGACUGGAGCUUCCAGGGUCCCGAGAAACAGGUGAGGGACCCGAGGACCUGGGAGAUGGAGGUCCCCUCCUUUAUCGGGCCCGAGGCUCUCUGGCUGAUCCUGGGGCAUCCCCCAGCAAUGGCUGCCAGGACUCCACAGAUACAGAGAGCAACCAUGAAGAUCGGAUUGGUGGGGUGGUAUCCCUCCCUCAGGGUCCCCCACCUCAACCUCCUCCCACCAUAGUGGUGGGCCGGCACAGUCCCGCCUAUGCCAAAGAGGACCCCAAACCACAGGAGGGGUUACUGCGGGGCACCCCAGGCCCCUCCAAGGAAGUGCUUCGGGUGGUGGGUGAGAGUGGUGAGCCCGUGAAGGCCUUUAAGUGUGAACACUGCCGCAUCCUCUUUCUGGAUCACGUCAUGUUCACCAUCCACAUGGGCUGCCAUGGCUUCAGAGACCCUUUUGAGUGUAACAUCUGUGGUUAUCACAGCCAGGAUCGGUAUGAGUUCUCUUCCCACAUUGUCCGGGGAGAACAUAAAGUGGGCUAGAGACCUCUUUCUCCCAGCCUGCUCUCAGCCCGGUCCCCACCCCACUGCCCCACCUACAGGUGUUUAGCCCAAUUCCUGUUACUGACUUUUCCUUGGCCUUUUUUACUUUACUGCAAUCUCUGGCCACUCCUUCACUCUUCUGCCCGUGGCUCCCUUCUGCUCUAAGCCUAGAUUUUUUUUUUUUUCAAGACAGGGUUUCUCUGUAUAGCCCUGGCUGUCCUGGAACUCACUCUGUAGACCAGGCUGGCCUCGAACUCAG